AUAGCAACAAGUAGUAUCAAAAAUGUUCCAACUUCCACUCCUGUUCAACUUGAUUCUUUUAAUUUCCGCGACCCCACCGAAACCUCCAACCCCUCAGGUAACGGCCCUCUUCGGUCCUCGGAACAACUUCAUCUGCAACGCCGUCAUGCUCGCGAAAGGCCGUCUACUGACCACGGCCAACUGUGUGGUGUUCAUAAACAACGGAACGCAACGGUUGGGCGCACCGGAGGACUUUCACGUAGCGCUGAACGCGACCGAUAUUGAGCGGUUCGUGGGAGUGCGAUCCGGGAAACCUGCCCGUAGACGGAUCGUGGAUAAGCUGAGGACACGAGGAGGGGAGAAAUUUGACAACAAGUUCUCCAACGAGGUAUUCUCGAACAAGUUUGACAGGGACGAGCUGGAUUAUUUGUUAAAGGGACUAUUCACGUACGACGUUGGGAAGAGUCUGUACGGGAGUUCGGUGAACGUGACCAACCUAAUGGUUCAUCCGGAGUACAGUGGAACGUUCAAGAAUGACUUGGCCAUUCUGGAAAUUCCCGAAUCUAGGGUAUUCCAAGAAAUGUUCCUUCCUGUAAAACUCAAUGAAGAUCUUGGAUUCAACCGUGUCGUACAAGUAUACGGUUGGGGAGAUAUUGCUUACGAAUCUUCCAGGAACAUGACCUACCAAAUGAAAACCGUUGAGAUGUACCUUCUUCCACCAGCUCGAUGUGCUAGACAAGUUGGAAAUCUGUUUCUCCCUUCGCAGCACCUCUGCUUGAAGCCCAAAGGAAACGAAACCAUCUGUCUGGGAUUCGCUGGAGCCCCAAUCGUCCUGGACGGCGCCCUACUCGGCGUCAUCGAAUUUGGGAAUCCUCAAUGUCACCUUGACUCACCGGUCGUGGGCAUCCGUCUCAGACCCUUCGCUGACUUCCUGGGCCUGAACCAAGACGACCUCCUCUCGAAAAUCAUAUUACUCGUCAAGCGAGUAUUCAACUUCUUCACCAGCAAACUUCAGUAGAAAGUGUCAAUCCAUAACUAAUAAAGCAUAAAUCUUCACCUUCGUCUGCGGCACGACUUGUCCCAAAAUAUGGCCCUUCCGCUGAAUGAAAGAUUGA